AUGGACGAACGAAAGACAAUCCUCUUCUUGACAGGCGCCACCGUCACCUUCAAGCCACUCCUAAACCACGUAGUCACGCCCAAGUUUCUCCGGUUCCUCAAGGUCGAGGGCUUCUCCAGGAUAAUAAUUCAGUACGGAAACGAAAAGGAUGCGGAAGGGAACAGUACCAGCAAGCACUAUUUCAGUCAAUUGUUGGCCGAGCACAAUGUCAUGGAAACGUUGGAUUUGGACGUGUUGAACGAAACCAACGAUAAGUCCAUCACUACGCUAGGUAAUCUCUCGUUGAAGAUCGAAGCAUUUGGUUUUUCCGACGAUAUCAACGGCCAUAUUCGUAGAGCGGAUCUUGUUGUGUCGCAUGGCGGCACAGGCUCGAUUAUGGAUGCGUUGAGACUCAAAAAACCUCUCUUGGUGGUCACCAAUGAUCUGCUCAUGGAGGACCAUCAAAAGGAGAUCGCAGGCCAGUUGGAGCACGAGGGCCACUUGCGGGCCUUGUCGAACAGACAGCUUCCAGGAGGCACGUUGGAAGAGUUGAUCAAGUUGUUUGUACAGGGAAAGUUGAAGUUCACCGAGCUUCCAGAGCCUCCAAAGGGUGUCUUGCAGGAAAUCGUGAACGAACUAACAGCCUGA